AUGGCACACACCGGGCAGGGUACGACACCCCGGCUGCCGCGGCCGAGCCCACCCCGGCGCGCAGGGAGGAGGAGGAGGAGGAGGAGGAGGAGAAGGAGGGGAAGAAGGAGGAGCCGCUGCCCGCGGACCGCUCCGCGCUACAGCGCCGCCGGCGGCAUCACCCGCACCGCCCCGGCCGCCGAGGCCUGCGGGGACGGCUCGGAGCGGGGAGGCGGGCUGCGGGCGGGCCGGCCGGCUUCCUUCCCGCAAGCGGGCCGCCGAGCAGGGCCGGGCCGCGGUGGCCACAGCCUCGCCUGCAGGGGAGGAAAAAAUCCCGAGAGAAGCGGCGGGACGCGGCCCUGGGCGGCGUGGGGGCAGCCUGACGGCAGGUGGUUGAAGAUGCCUUCAACGGCUGCUGUGACACAAAGACUGCCCAGUAUUUGUCUCCCGUGGAAUGACUCUUGCAGGAUUUAGUCUACAAGAAACCAAUUCCCUGCAUUUGAAUACAGCUGGCAAACAGAAUCGUGGUUCGUAGAGCAUCAGACCAAUUUGACUCAUCAUCAUGUUAAAUGAUGGUGAUGAAACUUUGUUUUCUGUCAUUUAAAAUGGCCACAGAAGAGUUAAAAAAAUAGGUUAGGACUCUGUGAUAUAUAGCUGAGUAUAAUUCUCAGAUGUGAAUUACCUUAAAAUUGGUUGUUUUGUUCAGAAACCAAAGAUAACAAUCCACAGCAUGCUGAAAGAAGAGAGUAUGAGAGAGUGAAGUAUAAACUAAAUUGAAAGCAAGCAAAUACAUUGAGGACACUUCUCUUAAAUUAAUUUUUUCAUUUAAAAUGUUAUCAGAAGCUGCUACAGAACUUGAAGAAUUUUCAUAACAGUACAGUAGAGAAGUAUGUUGAAUCUAGGUUAAACUUCCUCCUGCCUCCCAGAAAUCUUUAUUGUAGUUUAACAAGAAACAUUUUCAUUGUUAUUUCCUUUAUAAACAUUUAAAAGUGAAUAAAAAAUUUGCAUGUUGUAUUUCAAACACAAACCCAAAGCAUUUUAGAAUGCUUCAGCCCACCACCCAACAACUUCCAUAUACGUUUGGUAAAUUCCUGUUCUACUUACAUCAACAGCAUGGCUCCAGCUGAAUUCAGUGGAGUAAGAAAUAUGUCCAAUUAAUCUCUUUUGUUUAGGUAAUUUUUUAGAUUUUCUUUAGCACGUUAAUAGUGAAAAAUAUUUGUAAGCAUUAGACAUAAUCUUAAAUGAGAUGUAUAUUAAAAAUGUUUACAUUUUUAAGCAUAUACCCUAGUUUAGCAACAGAUUCUUUUUGUUAAUUUUGAAAAUUUCUAAAGAUUUCAACCAGUCUUAUCAGAGUGUACUGGAAAUCUUCUUAGAAUUCAGGAUUACAUAAUCUUGUGCCUGGGGCUGUUUUCUUAUGACAAAACAGACAAUGUUUAGAUUCUGCUUGAGUUAUUAAAAGUUUUUACUACUUCAUUAGUAGUAACAGAUUACUACAGAUUAUUAAAAUUAGACAUAGGUAUUAUUCAGUGCUUAAGUCAUCUUUCAGGCAUUACUGAGUGUGUAUUGAGUGCCUUUGUAAUACAAGAAAUACCUGUACUUGACUGUAAACGCAGGAUUAGUCCCAUUGAUCGCAACAAAAAUUACCAUGCACAUAAAUUAGGAACAUUCUUAAAAUAUCUUGAUGACCUAUGCAGACAGUUUAUUUUGCUAUCAGUCUAAAAAUACGAACUAGGUAGUUCUGACUACAUCUGAGAAUUUCAAGUAAGUAGUUUCUUUACAAUCUUUACAAUCAGGAAAUUUAAUACCAGGAAGAAACAAACCCUCCUUCCAAUGAAUCAUCUAAUUUAAAAGUCAUCUAUGAAUAAAACAUUAAUAUGUGGCUAAACAUUUGGAAAUAUCAGGUGAGUAUACAUUCUUUAAUCCUCUGAGGUAUGCUGAAGUAGGACAAUUUGUACAGAUGUACAAAUAGUGUGCAUGCCCUAGAUUGUUACAGAAUUUUUACUUAAAUUAAUUUUGUCUUUGAAUACUUAAACCUCAAGCAUAACUUCACAGGUAUGUUGUUUCAUCUCCACACAAAAUAGUUCAGCCUAGUAAAAUUUAAAACCUUAACAGAGGGAGAAGAUUCCAGGAUGCUCCUGCUAGGGAAAUAUAAUCUUCUUUAUCCUAAAAUGUUUUUUUCAACAUGUUGAGGAUUUUUAGC